UAUCCAUUGUCUUGUCCACAGACUUCCCAUACCUCGUGCUGAGGACAACAGGCAGGCUCCUUAGGCUAGGCUGCUCAAGAUAAAGCGCCUGAGGUAAGUCAAACCGGGUUUUUACAUCUUCGUCUGUUUUCUGAUGACUUUUCUAUUUGACAAAACCUUGACUGCUGAGAUUGUCGCUGAGGAGAGAAACAUGUCCUGAUUUAUAUUGGAUCUGUAACAAAUUGCGUGCAUACAUACAAUAUUGCAGUCUGACUGACAGUUUGUAUGUGUAUUAGGGCCUCUUGUAUCUUGUCCCGCUUACCAGCCUGGCGGCGCAUUGUGUGCUCCUUUGCUUUCUUCGCUUGCUUUUGGCUUGGAAUCCUGUACUUUGUUAUCAUUCGGCCAAACAACGACAGGGUUACUCAGACACAUCUAGUCGACCAUUGCUUGGUCUUCCAAGUCUUUUUUUGCUCCUUUGUUCGCACUAGCAGGCCUUCUCACUCUCUUGUAAUCACGAGCUCCUUUCCCACCGUAAUGAUUCUCAAAAAUGAGAUGAGAUCGAUAUGACGCAACACAUUUGCCGGUUCGCAUCUGACAUUGUUUCUUAGCUUUCUCUAGUGCCUGCAGUAAUCGGUGGUGUCCUGGAACCCAUAGCUGACCGAUGGAAAGCUUGAAGACCUAGAGAAUCUUGCCUACCUAUCUAGGUCCAGUACCUAGCAUGCCAGGUGCCCAUAGAUGCCGUCUUCCAGUGUUCUGAGCUCAAGCUGGCCCUGAACUUCAGACGCACCUUCCUACUUGCACACUCAUCAGCUUCAUCGGCUGAACUGUCCCACCUGCUGCAUUGGAACCCCUGAAUCGGGGGACGCUCUUGCCAUUUACAACCAAACCUUAACAUGGAAGGGUGUUAUCUGGAACUUGAAGCCUACCUGAUCAAAAUCCUGAUGCCUCGAACACGG